AUGAAGCGCAAAUCUUUGAAACGUUCGAUUUAUAACAAAAAUACCAAACAUUCAAUUAGUUCACCAUCAUCAACUAUUGAUGCUUCAACAAUAGGACCACAUCAAGUCGAUUUAGGCAUCGGAACUGUUCAUUUAGAUUCGCAUGCACCCUGUUUAAAAGCAAAUUUAAUAUUAAAAAGUCAAAAAACUCUCAAACGAGAUUUACUUCGAUGUAGUGAUCAACGGCCAUCGCUUCUCGGUUCACAAACAUUACAACCUCCACGUAUUCAUCAUGGAUCUCAACAGACGAAUACGUCGGGUUCAUCGUCAACGUCAUUACCCGUUGCUCAUCAACAGUCAGUUCGUCAUCAUUCUUUAUCGAUGAAUUCACGUACGCUACUUGCUACAAUCGAUCGGAUAGGACCAUGGCCAGACAUAUCCAUAAGCCGUUUGCGUUCAGAUGGAAAUGAUUUAUUACGGCCAUUAAAAACUUUUCGCAACUCAAAAAAUCCUCGAGUGUUUUCACCAAAAUAUUAUGCUGGAUUAAAUGAAAAUACCAGUAAAUUUAAAUUUUAUCCAACAACACGCACUUAUAUUGACGAGUAUCGAAAACAAAAAGGUUAUGUACUCGACGCACAAAGAGGAACUCGAGUCAGUUCUCUAUCAUUAAUAGCAUCAUUAACACUACCACAAUGCGAUGAUGAACAACUUUCUGCUGUAGAUGCAUUUGGUAGUGCCGUAUCUGUUGAUAUUUAUAAAAGUUCGAUGGGAGAUCGAGCAGCUGUAUCAACGGCAGAACUAGCACUACCAAAUAAUAAUCCAUUGACAAGAUCAGCAAAUGAUUUGUUUGAAUAUAGUAGUACGCCACCAUCAAUUCCAGCUGUGACAAGAGUUUUUACUGAUCCAAAUCAUGUAAGUAAUUUUCCAUUGAUACCCAUGCGCAAUGGUCAUCUACGCCCAGUUCGUCAAGCGCCACAUCAUACAAUUAUUGCUCAGCAAUCGCAACAUCAACAAUCUAUGACAUUACCUUCAUUGACAGGUUCAUCUCUUCAUUAUGCUUCGAGUAUGAGUUCAAUUGAAAAGGCUUAUUCAAAUAGUAAAAAAUCGCCAACACAAAAGCAAUCGAAAUUAUUCUUUAUCGAUGAACGAAACCGGCAAAGACAUCGAAUAGCCCAACGAUUUGUCAGUGAUAGUGACAUACCAUGCCGACCGCAAGAGCUUAUCGAUAUUCAAGCUACCGGUGCUCCAGUACCAACAAAUAUAUCACGAUCAACUGCUAUAGUGGUUUAUCAAUUACCUCGUCGGCCACCACAACUAUUAACUAGUCAAAAAAAUGUUGGACCGUUAAGUUAA